UCUGUUCAACUCGCCUUUUUUUUUUUUUUUUUUUUUUUUCAUUUUCACUGGAAAGGAAAAUCAAAAAUGGAUGCCAAAUGUGACAAACCUUCUUUAGUAGCAUUUCCACCGCCGUUGCCUUCUCCGGCGACUAGUAUUUAUCAUAGAAGGCACAACAUAUUACUAGGACAUAGCUGUGUUCCUACAAGAACGAAGGAUACAUGGGAACGUCUAUUUAGUGAAGGCUAUAGAACAGAUCUUACGAUUAAAACCGAUCGCGGUGGCUCGGUCUAUGCACAUGCCAAUAUUCUUGGAAUGGCUUCUCCGGUAAUGAGAGGUAUGCUAAAGCAAUCGAAACGCCGCGGUAGACCAAGAUCGAUAUCAAUUCGAGGUGUUCCUCAUAACGCUGUUCGAGUAUUUGUUAGAUUCUUAUAUUGUUCAAGUUAUGAGAAAGAAGAAAUGGAAGAGUCUGUGUUACAUUUGCUGGUGUUAUCACAUGUGUUUGUGAUUCCAGAACUGAAAAAGAUAUGCGUGCAAAGAUUAGAGCAAGGUUUCCUUACCUUCGAAAAUGUAGUUGACGUAUUUCAGCUUUCAUUACUAUGCGACGCUCCGCGGCUAAGCCUAGUUUGUCACCGUAUGAUUUUAAUCAACUUUGAGGAAAUUUCCCGGACAGAAGGGUGGAGAGCGAUGAAGCGGAGCCACCCUCUGCUGGAAAAAGAAAUCCUCGAAUCUAUGGUUGAUGAACAAAAUAGACAGAAAGAGAGGAUAAGGAAAUUGAAAGAAAGAAAGAUGUAUUUACAACUGUAUGAGGCAAUGGAGGCUCUUGUUCAUAUAUGUAGAGAUGGAUGUAGGACAAUUGGACCGCAUGAUAAAGAUUUUAGAGAAAACCAAGAACCUUGCAAUUAUUCAACCUGUAAAGGAUUAGAGUUGCUUGUUCGCCAUUUCGCCGGCUGCAAGUUGAGAGUACCCGGUGGUUGCGUACAUUGCAAGAGAAUGUGGCAGCUACUAGAGCUUCACUCCCGGCUUUGCGCUGAUUCGGAAUUGUGCAGAGUUCCUCUUUGCCAGAAUUUCAAGAUGAGGAUCAAGAAACAAAGCAAGAAAGAUGAGAUUAAAUGGAGAAUUCUAGUGAAAAAGAUACUAAGAACAAAAAGAAUUGGAGGGUCAGGGCCACCAUUCUUUUCCUUGGCAAUUUCUUCUUGAUAAAAAACAUUAUUAAGUGUAAAUUUGUUGUAGAAAACAUAUAGAGAGAAAUGUUGCCCCUUUCUGCCUAGUGUAAAAUCAAUGAAUUAGUGGAAUCGCUUCCCUGUCAUUUUUUGAUUUUA